AUGGCUCAGACGACCUUUGUGGGAUGCUGUGGUGGAAUUGUUUUCUUGGUCAUUCAUUCUCGUGUUAACAAACCAAUUCGUGCCGACAGCACUGUCAUGUUGGCAAUUUUGGAGCUACUCAACCUCUACUUGAUUACCAUGGCAAAGGUCUCAGACAUUCCGAUAUUUCUUCUAUCUCGAAUACAGAUCCAUUUUUUGAGUAUGGAGUGA